AUGUCUCAGCCAGGAUCUAGUCCUUUUGGCCGGAGUCAGCUAGUACAGCGAAGCCCACCGCCGACCCCAAACAAAGAACCAAGUCCUCCAUCAUCCAAGGAGAAUGAAUUACCGAAGGAAGUCAUCUCCACGCCUGAUAUUCAGACAUGGAUGGUAUCCAUAGAUACAAUCCUGGACGAAGUGUGUGCUAUAGUUUCGGAGGGAAAAAUGAACUCUGAGCAGAAGCUCCGAGUAUCCAACCUUUGCCGGAGGGUAUCAAAGGGGACAUCUCAGAUGGCCGUCUUAUACCAAUCUUUAAAGCAGAAAACCAUCCAGGCAUACAGCACCAUCCAGCACUUACAGGCACACCAGAACGUUUCGGACUCUCUUCAACAGUUUAAAGAGGUCGUUGAAACAAAACUGAAACCAGAGACCACAUAUGCCAGCAUGGUGAAAAAAGGUAGCGCUAACUUUAUUCGCCCAGCAAAUCUGAGUACUGUUGCUAUAUAUCCUUCAGAUAAGACCAAAACAAGCGACGAUACCAAAACUCUUCUACAAAAAAUCAUCUCCCCGGAAGAACUAAAGCUGCAUGUCCGUGGUCUGAGAAAAGUCAGAAAUGGGGGUAUCAUUAUUAGCACAGACAGUAAAGGCGACAUUGAUAAACUGAAGAAAUCAGAGCAACUAGUUUCAUCGGGUCUCACAGUUGAAGAACCAGCCAAACGUCGGCCCAGAAUUGCUAUUAUUGGUGUCCCCGUGGCCCUCACCGAAAAGGAAGUUUUUGAUUGUAUAUACGAACAAAACAUCUCUGAUAAGGUGCCGGAAACUAAUCGUGAGUCCUUUCAAAAUACCAUAAAAUUGAGCCAUAGAUCAGGUAAGAAAAACCUUCCUACAUGUAACUACAUACUGGAAGUACCCGCUAGCAUUAGAAAAAUGCUGAUAAAUCAAGGCCGAAUUUUCAUUAACUGGACUUCAUGCCCUGUGAAGGACUUCACGAUAGUCACCAGGUGCUUCAACUGUCAGCAGUUUGGACACGCAGCCAAGUUUUGCCGAGAAACUAGUCCUACAUGUAACCACUGCGGAGAAGCCGGUCACUCCUCCAAGGAAUGUGGAAAUAAAGCUGCUCCCUCACAAUGCGCGACGUGUAAAAGAUUCAAAAGGAAUUCUGAUCAUCCCACUGGUGAUGUAAGUUGCCCGGCCCGCAAAUAUGCAGAAGACAGAUACAUAAACUCAAUUGAUUAUGAAGGCGCCUAAGAGCGUCACCGUUUAAACUAAUAAGUAAGCACUUUAGCAGUAGGAUAUUUUUUAAAUGAUAAAUCAACUAAAUUGUGAUUUAGA